AUGGAUGAAAUUUCUGAAAACUAUGACUGCACGAUCAAGUACCAUCCAGGAAAGACUAAUGUAGUGGCCGAUACUUUGAGUCGUCAAGUGCAAAUGGCGGGGUUGAUGAUUAAGGAACUUCAUUUGUUGGAAAUGGUUAGCUAUUGGAAUCUUCGACUAGAAUCGAAGAAAGUAAUUUUGGAAAAUAUUUUAGUGAAUUCCACCUUGUUGGAACGUAUUAAGGGAUCUCAAGAAAAGGACACUGAAGUGCAGAAAUGGUCGGAAAAAGUUGAAAAAGGAGAAAAGUCAGAUUUUAAUAUGGGAUCGAAUGGUAUUUUGAAGUUUCGGAAUCGGAUAGUGGUGCCAAACAAUGAGGAACUUAAGAAGGAGAUUUUAGAAGAGGCGCACCGAUCGAAAUUUACGGUACAUCCUGGAGGGAAUAAAAUGUACCAAGACCUGAAGAGUUUACCUAGGACACAAAGAGGCCAUGAUGCUAUUUGGGUAAUAAUGGAUGGACUGACCAAAUCGGCUCAUUUUCUGCCGAUUAAUAUGAAAUACCCGUUAGAGAAGUUGGCUACCUUGUAUUUGGAUGAGAUUAUCAGACUGCUCGGAAUUCCCUUGAGUAUCGUGUCCGACAAAGACCCGAGUGGCCUUGGUGACAAGGGCUCACUCGGCUCCAAGGGGAAUCUCGAGCUUCUCAAAAAGGAGGGAAAGAAGGCGAGGGAAUCCAAAGCAGGAUUCGCCGGCCCUCAUGCGAGCUGUGGUCCGCAUGUAGCUGAUAAUGAUACUGGCCAGAGGAAUACCAGUCAGCUGCCAGCCCAUACCAUGCAUCAUCUUAUCCAAGAGUAG